UGCGGGGGUGCUGUGGGAUCGGUGGGGUCCGGUACCGAGGGGGACCGGGCCCGGGAGGUUCGUUGUUGUGACUGGGACCAGAGGGAUCCCCCGGGAUUUGGGGGCCCGGGACCGGCAGGUUGGCCCAGAACGGGGGUACCCGGCGCUGACAGUGGCCCGCAGGUGGCCCCCGGUGCUGGUCCCGUGUGCAGCCCCGCGCUGCAUGGACUGGUACAUGAUGAACUGCGAGCUCCUGGCCACCUGCAGCGCCCUGGGCUACCUGGAGGGCGACGUGUACCACCGGGAGCCCGACUGCCUGGAGAGCGUCAAGGACCUGAUCCGGUACCUGCGCCAUGAGGACGAGACCCGGGACGUGCGGCAGCAGCUGGGGGCUGCCCAAAUCCUGCAGAACGACCUCCCGCCCAACGACCUCCUGCCCAUCCUGGUGCAGUACCCCCAGGACAAGGUGCUCUUCGACGCCGUCAUCAGGUUGAUGGUGAACCUGACACAGCCAGCCCUGCUCUGCUUUGGGAAGGUGCCGGCAGAUGCCACCUCCCGGCACCACUUUCUCCAGGUGCUGUCCUACCUGCAGGCCUACAAGGAGGCUUUUGCCAGUGAGAAGGUGUUCGUGGUGCUCAGUGAGAAGCUCUACAACCUCCUGCAGCUGGACUGGGAGCAGCGGCAGGAGGAGGACACGCUGCUGAUCGAGAGGAUCCUGCUGCUGGUGCGCAACGUGCUGCACGUGCCCCCGGACCCUGCGGAGGAGCAGGGUGUGGAUGGCGAUGCCAGCUUGCACGACCGGGUGCUGUGGGCGCUGCACAUCAGCGGGAUGGACGACCUGCUCAAGUUCCUGGCCAGCGCCCAGGUGGAGCAGCAAUGGGCCCUGCACGUCCUGGAGAUCAUCUCCCUCAUGUUCCGUGACCAGAGCCCAGAGGAGCUGGCGGCGCUGGGACAGGGGACAGCAGGCGCUGAGCACGGGGAGGACACGCAGGAGCUGGAGACCUUGAGGCAGCGGGAGCUGGCAGAGAAGAGAGCCCGGGCACUGCAGCGCCCGUCCAGGCAUUCCCGUUUUGGGGGCUCCUACGUCCUGCAGGGCCUCAAGUCCAUCGGGGACCGGGAUGUGGUGUUCCACAAAGGGCUGCACAAUCUGAAGAGCUACAGCCACGACCUGGGCAAGGAGCCCCAGCGGGUGCCCCGGCGCCGCCAGGCCGCCCCCGAGUCCGAGCCCUGGCGCCGCUCCGCCCGCAACGUGCGGCUCUUCCUGCGCCACUUCUGCCAGGACUUCCUGGAGGGCUGCUACAACCGCCUGAUGCUGCUGGUCAAGGACCAGCUGGUGCGGGAGAAGGCUCAGCAGCACGAUGAGACCUAUUACCUGUGGGCCACCGCCUUCUUCAUGGCCUUCAACCGGCGGCACGGCUUCCGCCCCGAGCUGGUGUCCGAGACCGUGGGGGUCCGAGCCUUCCACUUCAUCGAGCAGAACCUCACCACCUACUAUGAGAUGGCACUGAUGGACAAGAAGGAGGCAACAACCUGGGCACGCAGGAUGCACUUGGCCCUGAAGGCGUACCAGGAGCUGCUGCGGACGGUGCAGGAGAUGGACCGCUCCCCGGAGCAGGCGGUGCGGGACAGCAGCCAGGUCAUCAAGAGCAACAUCUUCUACCUGAUGGAAUACCGGGAGCUCUUCCUGGCGCUCUUCCGCAAGUUCGACGAGACCAAGCAGCCGCGCAGUUUCCUGCGGGACCUGGUGGAGACUGCCCACCUCUUCCUCCGCAUGCUGGAGCGCUUCUGCCGCGGCCGUGCCAACCUGGUGGUGCAGAGCAAACGUGUGCGGAGGAAGAAGAAGAAGCCUCGUGAGCCUGCAGCUCCUGCUCAGCCCAGCGCCGCAGAGCUGGAGCAGCUGUGGGAAGGGUUGGCCCCGCAGCUCCAGGCCUGCCUGGAGGGCGAGGUGCCCCUCCCCGAGGACGUGGUGCCCUUUGACGCCGCCUCGGAGACGCCGGUGGAGGAGCAGCGCGCCGAGGCUCUGCUGCGGAUCCAGGAGUGCCUGCGGGGCUCCCGCCUGCCCCAGGCCCUGCGCCUGCUGCGCUCGGCCAGGUACCAGCACCGUGCUGCCCAGCUCCUGCCCAGGGCGCGGGGGCACGGUGCCAGCCUGUCGCCGCUAUCAGCCUCUGACCCGGGGCUGCCGCGCAGGUUCGCCUGCGCGCCGGUGGUGCGGGCGCUGGUGCUGCUGCUGCGGGGGUACGCGCGGAACAGCCCCCGCACCAACCACUGCGCCGCGCGGCUGCUGCACCGCCUGGCCCGCCAGCUGCGCAUGGAGCCGCUGCUCUUCCAGCUCUCCCUCUUCGCCCUCUUCCACCGCCUGCUCAGCGACCCCGCGGCUGCUGCCUACCAGGAGCUGGUGGCCUUGGCCAAGUUCAUCCUGGGCAAGUUCUUUGCGCUGGCAGCCACCAACAAAAAGGCCUUUGUGGAGCUGCUCUUCUGGAAGAGCCCAGCCAUCGUCUACGAGAUGACCAAGGGCUACAGCUCCCUGCAGGAGGGAGAGGGGAGCACCCAGAGCCGUGUCCCCCCCUGGACGCCCCAGGAGGAGCAGGAGCUGCGGGAGCUGUACUGGAAGUACAAGGAGGUGGAAGGUGGGGACGUCAUCGCUGCCAUCCUGGCCCAGCUCCCGACGCCGGGGCGGACGCGCAGGCAGGUGGUGAAGCAGCUGGUGAGGAUGGGGCUGGCCAGCAGUGCCAAGGACUUCCCACGGGAGAGGAAAGGCACCAACAUCGUGCUGUGGACGCAGGAGCAGGAGGAGGAGCUGACGCGGCUCUUCGAGGAGUUCCAGGGCUCGGAUGACGUCCUGGGGAACAUCAUGAAGCACCUGACGGCGCGGCGCUCGAGGGCUCGGGUGGUGGAGAAGCUGCUGGGGCUGGGGCUGGUGGCUGAGCGCAAGGAGCUGUACAAGAAACGCCGGAGGAAGAGCCAGGGCCCCGGCCCCGGGCAGGCUGCCGCAGGCGUCCCGGCCGUGCCAGCCCAGGACAGCUCAGGAGAGGAUGAGGACAGCGAGGAGGACGAGGAUGAGGAUGAGGAUGAAGCAGAGAAAGGCCCCAUGGAGGAGCACUGGGUGCCUGAGGAAGGGGCUGGGCAGGACUUGGCGCAGCAUCUGCAUCAGGAAGGCCUGGCCGGGCCCCUGCGGUGGCUGGAGAACUGUCUGAGAAGGGUGGCAGAGGACCGUGAGGAGGACGGCGUGUCCCACCCGGUGCCGCUGGUGCCGCUGACGGAGGAGAACGAGGACGCCAUGGAGGAUCGGCGCUUCCGGACCCUGCUGCGACAGCUGGGGCUGCGGCCCCCUGCCAGCGAGCAGGUGAGGUCCCUGUCCCCAUCCCCGUCCCCAUCCCCGUGUGGGGCUGGCUCUGAGCCCCCCUCCUCGUGCCCCUCAGCAGAGCCGCUGCCGGCAGGGCUGGGAUCAGACUCGGAGAGCGAGGAGCCCGUCCCCGUCCCUGUCCCCAGCCCGGUGCAGCCGCGCUCCAAGAGGCGCCGGGAGCUCGCCAGCGAGGAUGAGGAUGAGGAUGAGGAUGAGGAUGGUGGCAGCUCAGGCACCGAGCCGGCCCCUGCAGCUCCCUGCUCCGAGGAGGAUGAGGAGGAUGAAGAUCCACAGCCCCGGGGGAGGCGGAAGCGCAUCCGCUGCCUGGAAGAGGAGGAGGAGGAGGAUUGAAUGGCUCCCCAUAUCCUGCCUCUGCCCAGGCCUUGUGCUGUUUCCUGGGCUUUUUUGCAGAUUUCAUUGGAUUUCUGCAGUUUUUCUGGGGUUUCUACAGGUUUUCUGGGGUUUCUGCAGAUUUUCUUCUGCAGGUUUUGAUGCUGUUUUUAAAGGCUGCACAAGCAACCAGUUUCUCCACCUGACACCAUCUCCCUUUUUUACCUCAAAUUCCCUCUUUUUCCUCAGCUGCUUUUUUUUUUU